CAAACUGCGACUGCGUCUCUGAGUACGCCGCUAUCCUCACUCUGCUGAAGUUAUUAUCGUGGCUGAUCCGAGGAGACGUUCACUCGUCUGAACCACGAGGGAUAUUUUAACAAUAACAUUAUUUAGUCAGGAAAAGGACUACGGUUUUGGAAUCCAAGGCUGCGUGAAAUGUCAUUUGCUCAUCGGCCAUUCCUUUCUAUCAAGAAAAAGGAAGGAGUGUCUCAACGUUAUGUCUCAACGCUAGCUUGAGCGGUUGGGCCGAUGUCUUUCUUGGGAGUUUUACUACCGCUUAAGCCUGCUUUGCUUUGACAGUGAGCCAGUGGACGUCCAGAAAGCCGAUAUAUCUCGUUUAACAUUUUCUGGUCACAUGGUCGAAUAUGCGCGGAGUUGAAUGGCCGUUGUGGUUCAUUUCCUAUUUUGCUUCAAUCGAAACGUUUUACCGCCCGGAUUUUACACAAAUGCAGCUCAAUAUAAUCGUGUUACACACUCCUGGACUCCUACAUUAGGCUAGCCUGCUAGCUGCUGCAGACUAGCAUUUAGUUUGUGUGGCUACGUGAUUACCUAGCUAGAUUUAGCCAUAGGAAUAAAGAUGUGGACUUAACUUACUCCUUGUGAUUACCAAACUACGAGCAACAGAUAACGCUAUAUGGAGUAUAGUUAGUCAGUUGUGUGAUUUAAUAACUAGCUAGCUGUACUAAUUGCUAUCUGUCUUACGUUAGCUUGAGUUGGAUAUUAAAACCGGUUAUCUGCGUGCGAUUUGUAUAUUAUUCACUUGCUAGCCAACUCUUGACACUAUUAAAAUUUGGUUUCUAUUAAGAAACCAGACACCGUUGUUCUCCUUUACUAGCUAGUGACAGAUACGGAUUUGACAAUGUCGUUUUUUAAUUUUCGUAAAAUCUUCAAAUUGGGGAGCGAAAAGAAGAAGAAACAUUAUGAACACGUUCACAGAGAUAUGAAUCCAGAGGAUGUCUGGGAAAUUAUCGGCGAAUUGGGAGACGGAGCCUUUGGAAAAGUGUUCAAGGCUCAGAGCAAGGAGACGGGGAUCCUGGCUGCAGCCAAGGUGAUCGACACCAAGACUGAGGAGGAGCUGGAGGACUACAUGGUGGAGAUCGAGAUCCUGGCGUCCUGUGACCACCCCAACAUCGUGAAGCUGCUCGACGCUUUCUACUACGAGAGCAAGCUGUGGAUUCUCAUCGAGUUCUGUGGGGGAGGGGCCGUAGACGCUGUGAUGCUGGAACUAGAGCGGCCUCUCACCGAGCCUCAGAUCCGGGUGGUGUGUAAGCAGAGUCUGGAGGCCAUGCAGUACCUCCACGAGCAGAAGGUCAUCCACAGAGACCUGAAGGCCGGAAACAUCCUCUUCACCCUGGACGGAGACAUCAAACUGGCGGAUUUUGGUGUGUCAGCUAAGAACACAAAGACACUACAGAGAAGAGAUUCCUUCAUAGGGACGCCUUACUGGAUGGCGCCGGAGGUGGUGAUGUGCGAGACCUCGAAGGACCGGCCCUACGACUACAAGGCGGACGUGUGGUCCCUGGGCAUCACGCUGAUCGAGCUGGCCCAGGUGGAGCCCCCCAACCACGAGAUGAACCCCAUGAGGGUCCUGCUGAAGAUCGCCAAGGCCGAGCCUCCCACGCUCAUGCAGCCUUCGCGAUGGUCUCCAGAGUUCAGCGAUUUCCUGAGAAAAUGUCUGGAUAAGAAUGUGGAUAACCGGUGGGGGACAGCCCAGCUCCUGCAGCACCCGUUCGUCAGCAGGGUGACCGAUAAUAAGCCGGUCAGAGAGCUGAUCGCUGAAGCAAAGGCAGAGGUCACCGAGGAAAUCGAGGAAGGCAAGGAGGAAGAGGAGGAUGAAGAGCCGGAGCCACAGCUGGCCGUGCCUGGACACAAGCGUGCGCCGUCCGACGGAAGUGUGGGAAGCUCGGAGGACGAGAAGGUGUCCCAGUCCGCCUCCAUCCUGGAGUCGGUGACGGAGAAGACGGAGCUGGAGCAGGCCGAGGACCGCUCCAGCGACAAGCUGUCGGACGAGGGCAUCGGCACCAGCGAGCCGGACAACGCCGAGGGCGAGGCCGUGAACGAGGUCGCCGGGGACGCAGAGGAGCCCACGACUACGGGUCCAACCGUCCCUGAGGUAGAGGAGGCAGCUUUGGAGGAGGAGGGUGCCAAAGCGGACGAGCCCGUGAGCGCAGUCGCGACGGGAGAGGAGGAGAAGGAAAGCGAGCCAGAGGAGAGAACUCCAGACCUCCCUGCGGAGGAAGUGAAAGUAGUGCAGGAGGACACUGAAAGUGAGGCAAAGGAGCCCGAUGUUGCGCCCCCUGCCGAAGGACCCAAGGAGGGUCCCAGAGGAACGCCUGACCAGGAGGACCUGGAUGAAGUCGCCAAGGAGAAGAAACCAGAAGAAGAAGUGGUUGGCGCGACUGAGCCGGUUCCAGCAGAGGGCGGGGCUGAGGAACAGCCCCAGGAGGCUCCUGAGGGCGGGGCCAAACCUACGGAAGAGGCGGAACCCAGCGAACCCCCUGAGCCGACCCAGGUGACCAUAACCGUGACCGAACCAGAGAAGGUCCUAGAAGAGGCCACGCCCGACCCAACCCCUGCACAGACGCAGGAAGGGAAGGAGGUGGAGAAAGCAGAGAUGAAAGAAGAGAAGAAGGAAGAGGUAGAAAAAGUGAAGGAAACUGAGGAUGAGGGUGAGGUUGAGGAAUUGGUGGCCCCAGAGGGGGUGGUGGAGGUGGACGGGGCAGCACCGGUGGAGCCAGCGGUGGAGAAAGAGAAAGAGAAGGAGAAAGAAAAGGAGAAGGAUUCAGACUCUGGCAGUAGCUCCACAGCCGAAAACAGCGACAUGAACCUCUCCAUCUCCAGCUUUCUCACCAAAAACAAGGAGUCGGGGUCUGUUUCCAUUCAGGACACCAAGCGACAGAAGAAGACCCUGAAGAAAACCCGAAAGUUCAUGGUGGACGGCGUGGAGGUCAGCGUGACCACUUCAAAGAUCGUCACGGACAACGACACCAAAAACGAAGAAAUGAGGUUCCUUAGGCGGCAGGAGUUGCGGGAGCUGCGCUUGCUGCAGAGGGAGGAGCAGAAAGCGCAGCAGCAGCUCAGCAACAAGCUGCAGCAGCAGAAGGAGCACAUCUUCCGCCGCUUCGAGCAGGAGAUGACGGGUAAAAAGCGGCAGUACGACCAGGAGGUGGAGAACCUGGAGAAGCAGCAGAAGCAGACCAUCGAGCGUCUGGAGCAGGACCACACCAACCGCCUGCGCGACGAGGCCAAGCGCAUUAAGGGCGAGCAGGACAAGGAGCUGAGCAAGUUCCAGAGCGUGCUGAAGAACCGCCGAAAAGAGGUGAAACAGGAAGUGGGCCUUUCACCCAAACACAUGAGAAAAACGCUCAUGAAACGGCUAAAGGAAGACCUGUCAGCCCUGCAGCAUGACGAGGAGCAGGAGUUUCUGCAGAAACAACAGCAGGAGCUGGACGGCGCUCUGAAGAAGAUCAUCCAGCAGCACAAGCACGAGAUCGCCACCAUCGAACGUGACUGCCUCAACCACAAACAGCAGCUACUCAGAGCCCGAGAAGCAGCCAUGUGGGAGCUGGAAGAGCGCCACCUGCAGGAGAAACACCAGCUGCUUAAACAGCAGCUGAAGGACCAGUACUUCAUGCAGAGACACCAGCUGCUGAAGAGGCAUGAGAAGGAAAUGGAGCAGAUGCAGCGCUACAACCAGCGGCUGAUCGAAGAGCUGAAGAACAGGCAGGCCCAGGAGAGGGGCCGCCUGCCCAAGAUCCAGCGCAGCGACGCCAAGACCCGCAUGGCCAUGUUCAAGAAGAGCCUCCGCAUCACCUCUGUGGGCACGCCCGAGCAGGACCGGGAGAAGAUCAAACAGUUUGCGUCGCAGGAGGAUAAGAGGCAGAAGAACGAGAGGCUUCAUCAGCAGCAGAAACACGAGAACCAGAUGAGAGACCUGCAGCUGCAGUGUGACGCCAACGCCAGGGAGCUCCAGCAGCUACAGAAUGAGAAGUGCCAUCUCCUGAUCGAGCACGAGACUCAGAAGCUGAAGGAGCUGGACGAGGAGCACAGCCAGGAGCUGAAGGAGUGGAGGGAGAAGCUCCGGCCCCGCAAGAAGGCCCUGGAGGAGGAGUUUGCCCGGAAGCUUCAGGAACAGGAAGUGUUCUUCAAGAUGAGCGGCGAGUCGGAAUGCCUUAACCCCUCCACCCAAAGCCGCAUCUCCAAAUUCUACCCCGUCCCCAGCGUGCACUCGUCCGGCUCGUAACGGCGCCACCACGCGCACCGGACUCCCCGAAAAACACCCCGCCUCUCUCCUCUCCACCCACGACAAUCGCAGCUCCUGUGCUGGGGUCCCGCCCCGCACUGUUCCUGGUAAUGGGGUGAAAUGGCCACCGGCGGCCAUUUUAAACAGAAUGAAGUUACUGAAGUCUAGGGCCACCGUUGCCUUGCUUAUUUUUGUGUGUGCGUGUAAUCAUCAUUUUGUAUUCUGCAUCAAUUUGAGGACAAAACAAAGCAAAAUAUCCAGCUUCAGUGAAUAAUAGUGUUUUCUUUCUUUCUCUACUUGCUCCCGGGACGGUAUUUUCAAAAGCGACGUAUUGACUCGACGUAUUCACCUGUGUUAAAGCUUUCACAACAGCUUAAGUGUUAACAUCAUUUUGACAUGAAUGAACUGCAGUUUAGAUGUUUUCCUCCAUAAAGAACCCAGUGCCUAAAAUAAUUAGAUCCCGUGAUUCAGCUUGCAUUUUUACGCAAGCUUGCUCCAAGUCAACUGCUGCUCAGAAUCCCCUAAUAGUUAUUUGCACUAAACAUAGUUGGAAAUUUGUACAAAUACCAUAAUAUUUUCUAUUUAACAUAUGCGGUGGUGCUUGAAUUAAUUCUGAGGCAGUUGAAUGCUGUUUACUACACAGUAGAAUGUACCUUGGUUAACUAUGAAGUGCACAUUCCUAAGAUGAGUCUUGAGGUCAUGAUUUAUUUUCUAAAGGUUAAUGUAUCGAGCUCCAUUAAAGGAUAGUACACUCCUGACAUUUCAGCGGGUGAACAGAAUGCUGCAUGCGUUUGAAUAUUACUGUCAACGGCUUUCCUCCAAACAGUUUGUAUCUCAUAUAGUAACUUCUAAUACUUUGUGUGCCUGUGUGUGCUUGUGUGUGUGCUUGUGUGUGUGCUUGUGUGUGUGCUUGUGUGUGUGCUUGUGUGUGUGCUUGUGUGUGUGCUUGUGUGUGUGCGUGUGUGUGCGUGUGUGUGCGUGUGUGUGCGUGUGCGCGUGUGCGUGCAUGCGUGCAUGCGUGUAUGCAUUUGCAUGCGUCUUUUUGUCAUUCUUUUGGUCAUGGUUAUAUAUUUUUUUUACUUUGAAAGUAACAUGCCUUUUGUUUUUGUUUUUAGUCUUGUUACUUUCAAUUAUCAAUUUAUACACAGGGUUUCUUUGUGUUAUGCAGUUGGACUUUUUAAAAUUAAGGUGAGAAACGCAUAGGCAAGACUUUGUAAGGUUUUGGAGCUGAGACGCGCACACACACACACACAUACCCACACACAUACCCACACACACCCACACACACACACACACACACACACACACACACACACACAGAUUCAUACCUAGGAAUGUAUUUGUCCUGCCAUAUCUUGCACUGUUGCUGUUACAGUACAUGAACUGAGAAUAUGCAGUAAUGAAGUGUUCUUUAUCUCCACUAGGGGCAAUACACAGCCAGGUCAUUGUUCAACUGAAUUCAGUUUGUUACAACUAACAAUAUAUACCUUUGAACCCCUUACCCUUACCAUAUCUAUAUUGUUAGACAUUUCAUUUCCAAAUAUAUUAAAUCAUACAGAGGGUAAUGCAUGAUCGAUCUUCUGUUUGUCUUCCCCCCCCCCCCCAAUUUAUAGCCAGUUAUUAGCUCUUAAUUUAAAAAAGUUAUAUCUCAUGAUUAUCAAUAGUUAGCCUUAAAUUUCCUGAAAUUGAAUUGUCAGCUGCAUCAUAACUAAAAUGGUGUAAUCCAUUGUAAUUGCCUCCUAAGAUUCACUGUGCGUCACUUUAGACAUUAAUGUUUGGUUCGCCUGAUCGAGGGAUUGUCUCCAUGUAGAUCUAAAUUCAGCUGGAUUCUGUAGUUACGGUUUACGUCUCGAAUGCUGUUGAUGUCAUGUAAUUAACAUUCUGGAUGUAACUUUCAUUAGCUUUUCAUUUCAUAUGAGGGUUCUUAUUUCAUGACGGGCACAAAACAUUGUUUUCAGAAGGUUUUUUCUGUGUAUGGUAAGCUUUACUGCAUUUGCAAUGCUAUAGUUUUUCUGAUAGUUUCCUGGCAGAAACCUGUUGUUGUGAAUGACGUACAACAUGUGUUCAUUAAUUACCCACGCACCGGAAUGAAAAAUUAUUUUCACAAAGUCUUCAGUGCUGGAAUGAGAACUCAUACAGGAUAGGGCCCUGUUUCACAACAUUGAAAUUCUGUUCAUUAGUGCCCUUGGACAUGGACCCAUUGCAUGUCUAGAAAAACUAUUGCAUUGCAAAGGGUUGUGUUUAAAGCUGUGGGGUAUGUACUGGUAAGAUUUCUGUUCAACAACAACCUUCAGUGUGUUCAAAAUGAAGUGUGGAAACUGUAAAAGUAUGCUGUAAUUUGAAUGUGUAAAAUGAAAUCAUUUUACCCUGGAGAUCAUAUGCAUUUUCAAGAUCAGGUGAUUUGUAUUUAAAACACUUCCAUAGAUUGGUAUUACUGUACUGUAAAUAAAGCAUUUAUAUUUACA